CUCGGCAGAGCCCCCGCUGAAGGAACAGGCCGGCAGAGACUGCGCAUGCGGAGAAGGCCGCCCGCCUCCGCGAGCCCGCGCAGUCUCAGACCCCGAGCCGAGGAGCGGGGCAGGGCAGCCAGGAGGGAGUAGGAGAGCCUGGAUGGAGGCCGGGUCGAAGGUCAGGGCCUUUUCGUGGCCGCCGUGGGAUCCCUACCUGAACACUGCAAGUGACUUUUACCCUGGGAUUCAGAAAUGUCUACAGGACUGAGACCGGACCCGCUAAAGGUGUGAACUCUCCUCUCAUCUGUUGGCCUCAUAGAAUCCAAGUCCUGGACCAGCCAGUUUCCUAUUCCCCAUUCAGCCAUUGAAGUCAUAGCUAUCUGCUGAAGAAUAGCAGUCAGCCAGCCUGGAAACAUUCUUCCAAUAGUAGAAAUGGAAUAUAAAGAUUCGGGUGCUGUGUUUACGUUUGGGAAAACUAAAUUUGCUGAAAAUAAUCCCAGCAAAUUCUGGUUUAAAAAUGAUAUACCUAUAUAUCUUUCAUGUGGAGAUGAACAUACUGCUAUUAUUACAGGAAAUAAUAAGCUUUUCAUGUUUGGCAGUAACAACUGGGGUCAGUUAGGAUUAGGAUCAAAAUCGACUGUUAACAAGCCAACGUGUGUCAAAGCUUUAAAACUGGAAAAAAUGAAAUUUGCUGCCUGUGGAAGGAACCACACCCUAGUUUCAACAGAAGGAGGCAAAGUAUACGCCGCUGGAGGAAAUACUGAAGGACAGCUGGGACUUGGUGAUACUGAAGAGAGAAACACUUUUCAUCUAAUUAGUUUUUUUACAUCCCAGCAUAAGAUUAAACAACUCUCUGCUGGGUCUAACACUUCAGCUGCGCUGACUGAGGAUGGAGAGCUUUUCAUGUGGGGUGACAAUUCUGAGGGGCAAAUUGGUUUACAAAAUAUAACUAGUAUAUGUGUCCCUCAUCAAGUGACCAUUGGAAAACCUAUCUCCUGGAUCUCUUGUGGAUAUUACCAUUCAGCUUUUGUAACAACGGAGGGAGAACUGUACACCUUUGGAGAACCUGAGUAUGGGAAGUUAGGUCUUCCCAAAAAGCUGCUGAUCAAUCACAAAGUGCCCCAGCUGGUGCCUGGAAUUCCUCAGAAGGUGAUCCAAGUAGCUUGUGGUGGAGGGCACACAGUUGCGCUCACAGAGAAGGCCGUGUACACCUUUGGGCUGGGACAGUUUGGUCAACUGGGUCUUGGCACUUUUAUUUUUGAAACUUCAGAACCCAAAGCCGUUGAGAAUAUUAAGGAUCAGAAAAUAAGUUAUGUUUGCUGUGGAGAAAACCACACAGCUUUGAUAACAGAUUUAGGCCUUAUGUAUACUUUUGGAGACAGUCGACAUGGAAAAUUAGGACUUGGACUGGAGAGUUUUGCCAAUCAGUUCGUUCCUACUUUGUGUUCUAAUUUUUUGAAGUUUAUAGUACAGUUGGUUGCUUGCGGUGGAUGUCACAUGCUAGUUUUUGCCACUCCACGACUUGAUGGGGCAGAAGACGUUGAGUUAGAUGAAAUAAAUGAUUGUUGCUUACCUUCAGCUACAUCUCUGCCCAUCAGUGAUCUGACUUCAGGAAACGUACUGCAGAGAUCUUUAUCAGCACGUGUGCGGCGAAGAGAGAGGGAGAAAUCCCCAGACUGUAUUCAAACGACAGGAACACUACCUCCAAUUGCAGGGACUCUCAUACCACCUGUUUGUUUUCCACCUCGUUCAGUUCCUUUCUGUAUGUCUACAACUAAUCUGCUAGAGAAGAGGAUGCCUGAUAAAGAGGGCCCUAUGCUGCCAAUGGAACCAGAUUAUUUUCAACGUAAAAUAACCAAAGGGAAAGAGACAGACAAUUUUUCAGCAGAGGAUUCAGAAAGCCUUGGAGAAACUACUGAUGUCUUAAAUAUGACACAUAUGAUGAGCCUGAAUUCCAAUGAAAAAUCAUUAAAAUUAUCACCAGUUCAAAAACAAAAGGUUUCUGGAAAGAACACAAGAAAGAAACAAGAAACAAUUGAGAAACUGAAACAGCAUACAGCUCAUACUGAAAAUGGCGGUAGUAAUGAAUAUGAAAGUGAAGAGAUGUCCAAAAAGAUGAAAGAAGGGAAAGCAUAUAAACAACUUUUGGCAAAAGGAAUGUAUAUGAUGCAAGCAGCUGUGACUAUGGAAGCAUUUUCAGAUGAGGACGUAGGUAACAACUCAGGCCAGCAAAGGCCUCAGGCCAACACCAGUGCAGAGAGUUUGCAAAAAGGGAUAUUUAGACAUGAAAAUAAGCAUGGCGUCUAUCCACUUAAGAGUAAGGAAAUAGAAAAGGAAAGUGAUGAAGGACAAAGUCAGAAGGAUUCAGAAGUGGAAAAAAUAGUCUCUGAGAAGGAAACUGGUCUGGUGAAAAUGACAGGUCUGAAUGAUAUAAGAAAAAGUGAAGAGAAUAGAAAAAAUAUUGAUACAUUCCUUGACGACUUACCAAAUAGAGACAUGAAUAUUGAGGAUGAAGAAAAUAAAAACUUUGUUAAGGAAAGUAAAAGUAACAAGCGAGGUAUGAUCUUUGACAGUGAAAGAGAAUCUAUGGAGGAGCCAGACAGUAACUUGGAAGGUGAUAGUGAAAGUCAGCAGGGUACAGCUGAUGGAUUCAAGCAGCCUGAGUCAAUAGAAUUUAGCAGUGGAGAGAAAAAGGAUGAAGUGGAAACUGACCAAAACUUGCGGUAUAGCAGAAAAUUUAUUGAACAAGGACAUGAGGAAGAGAUCGAACACAGAAUGUCCAAAUACAUGGCAAAAUAUGGUUUUAAGGGUGACCACAUAUCAGACACCCCAGAGGAGCAGGAAGGAGAAGAUGAUUCAGAAGGAAGUGGAAUGGAGGAGCAAGAGAUAGAUAUAAAUGAGGAGGUGCCUGGAGAAAAAGAGGAAGAGGAAGCAAAGUUCCUGUCAGAUGACCUUACAGACAGAGCAGAGGUGAGUGAAGGUAAGGGAAAGCCAGGGGGAGAGGCAGAGCACGUGCCUGAAGGUGGAGGUGAGGGAAUCGGGAAGGAGGGUAAUUCAGGAGUGGAACAGAGGAGUGGAACAGGAAGUGAGGAGGGGGAGGAGGAGAAAGACAAGGGAGGAAGAGAAAUGGAGAGCCUGGGUAAGGGAGAGGAAGACCUGAAAGAGGAGGAGGAACGGGAGCAAAAGGAGAGGGAACAGGGCCAUCAGGAGGAAAGAAACAAAGGGCUGGAGGAAGGGGAAGGGAGCGAGCAAGCAGGGGGGGAAGGAGAGGAGGAGGAAGGCAAGGAGGAAGAGGGGGGAGAAGACAGAGAAGGAGAGGAGAAGAGAGAAGGGAAAGAGGAAGAAGAGAAAGGAGAGGGGGAGGAAGUAGAAGAAGGGGAGGGGCAGGAAGGAGAAGAGGAAGGGCAGGAAGAAGAGGGGGGAGAGGAGGAGGGAGAUGAGCAGGAGGGAGAAGGGGGAGCAGAGGAGGGAGGAGAAGAAGGAGAGGAGGAGGAAGGAGAUGGGGACGGAGAGGGGGAAAGAGAGGGGGAGGAGGAAGGAGGAGAGGGAGAAGGAGAGGAGGAGGAGGGAGAGGGAGAAAGAGAAGAACGGGAGGAGGAGGAAGGGGAGGGGGAGGGGCAGGAAGCAGACAGGGAGGGAGAAGAGGAGGGGGAAGAAGGAGGAGAAGAGGAAGGAGGAGAGGAGGAGGGAGAGGGGGAAGGAGAAGGAGAGGAGGAGGAAGGAGAGGAGGAGGGGCAGGAAGCAGAGAGGGAGGGAGAAGAGGAGGGGGAAGAAGGAGGAGAAGAGGAAGAAGGAGAGGGGGAGGAGGGGGAAGGAGAGGGGGAGGAGGAGGAAGGAGAGGAGGAGGGGGAGGGGCAGGAAGCAGAGGGGGAGGGAGAAAAGGAGGGGGAAGAAGGAGGAGAAGAGGAAGAAGGAGAGGGGGAGGAGGGGGAAGGAGAGGAAGAGGGAGAGGGGGAAGGCAAGGAAAGGGAAAAGAAGGAGGGGGCAGCGAGGGAGAGGAAAGAGGAAGAAAACAGCAGGAAAGAAGGGGAGAAGGAAGAAGAGGAGGAUGAUGAAGAAGAGGAGGAUGAUGAGGAAGAGGAGGGAAAGUACCAGGAGAGAGGCAAUGAAGAAAGUGGAAGGCAGGGAAGACAGGGUGGAGGAAGAGAAUCCAGCAAAGGGAGCAAGAUGAGAGGAUCUGUGAAAUAUGACAAAGAUAAAACAUAUCCAAAAAAGUUUAUUACUAACAGGGAAGGAAAGGGGAAAGAGCAUGAAGUACAGAGGUUCAAAAUGCCAGUGCAGUCAAAACAACUCUUAGAAAAUGGGCCAUCAGGUUCCAAAACAUUUUGGAAUAAUGUAUUACCACAUUAUUUGGAAUUGAAGUAACAAACUUUAAAUUGGACCUGAUUAUGUCCAGCCAAACAACUUGAACACAUUAUGAAGAAUAGGCACUCAUUCUGUUAUAUUGAUUUUAUGUCAUGGUUACCUUACCUGUGGUACAGUAGAAACUGAUAAAGAUAACUUGAGGCACUGGUAAAUUUUGGUUUCUCUUAAACUAAUAUUUUGGUGUAUUUUCCCCUGAAUUAUAAAUAUAUAAGUAGAAAAUAUCAAAAGAUCAUAGUAUAUAAUUAAUAUUAUUCCUCAUUAAAGACAGUUUUAGGAAACGAGUAUAUUGUAAAAAGUAUUUUGUGUAUACAAGUAAGUCCCUUUAAAAAUGGCACAGAUCUUUAAGGGUUAUAAAAACGUCUAAUUUCUUAUAACUAUGGUAGCAUAGUUUUUUCAGUCUGUGAUUACAGUUUCCCUACCGUACAGAAUAAUUUUAUAAGAAUGGGUGGUAUUCUAAAGCUAAAAUGAGGAAUUCACAUUUUUAAAAAAAAUAGUGCUGUCUUUUUACCUUUUAUGUGUCCUUUUUGCAGCAAUCUACAAAGUGACAGCUGGGUUCAGAACUUAGACUCUAAUGUCUCUUUUGGUUACUGUUUGGUAAAUGACAGAAUAUCUAAUGAAAUGGGGAUGAACGCAUAUUGUAAAAGUGUGAAAAACUUUAAGUAUUUAUUGCCAAGCAAAGCUACUCUUUGGGCUUCAGUUUCCUUAUCUGUAAAAUAGAAUGGAUUAGAUGAUAUGAUAACUGUAGCCCCUUGUAACUCUUAGAUUCUUUCAUUCUAACGUGUUUGUUAUUUGCAUAAGAAAAUUUUUUAAGGAAAAAAAAUUAUACUUUACAGUUAAUCUAGUUUUCCAUGAAAUGUUCUUUACUCUUAAAAAAUUAUGACACCUUUAAUGUCUUUUGUUUUCCGUAAUUCUGUGCUUCUAAACUCCUAUCAUUUCUGAGCUUUCAUUGUACUGUCAGACCUUCAUUCCCAGUACUGCCAUUCCCAGUGUCUAUUACUUACCUUCAAUGUAUUCUUCAUUCACUCUUCUGUAAUUCUUUGUUUGCUGUUUGUCAGAAUGUUUCAAGUAAAAUAAAAAUUAAAUGUAUACAGUCAGUAGUUGUCUGUGAAAAGAGAAACUAAUAUUAGAUAUUGAAUUUUAGAGAGGCUAGAUUUCCACUAGAGUAAUUCCAUUGUAUGUAGUGCAGCUAGUUUGUUUCAUUAUUGUUUAUUCAUAGCUUUCCUUCCCCAGUCAUUUCUAUAUCUUAGACAUGAGGAAUUUCUUAUACUUACUUUUAUCAAGGAGGAUUGUGAUGGUAAACAUCCUAUGAAUUUUGUGUAGUUGAAUUCUUUGCACAUUUGAUUUUUCAUGAGUGAGAAAGAAUAUGAGGAAAAAGACUAGGAUAGGAAGUGAAGAAAUUCCUAGGAGUAGUUAUAAAUUUUGUCUUAGCUGCAAGGCUCUCUGGUAGCUUCCACUGACCAACCAAAUAUACGGAUUUGGCAUUGCAGUGUUCUAGCAAAUUCUACCACAUUCAUUAGUGUUAGUAGAAUUGAAUUAAUACUUUGAUUAAAAUGUAUGUGCUGUGUUGUUAAAUCUGGUGCAAAACAUGGUUAUCUUAGAAGUAGACUUAAGAUUAAAUAAGAUGGAUGACAGAAAUGGAGUUCAUAAAGAAAAAACCUCCAAGGAGAUGAGAAACUCUUAAACUCAAGUUAAAGGUAUGGGCAUUCAUCUUCCACUGAAGAGAUAAUUAGCCGGCAAUACUGAAAUGAUGUUCUUAAAAUAUGUGCAUCUCAGAAUUUGAACCAGUCUAGAUAACCAAUUGUAAACAGCAUUUCUUACCCAUUUCUUCACAUUUCCCUGGCCCCCAAAAAUCUUUGUGCUCUUUUAGAAGCAGUAAUUCAUGCAUGCCUGGUACUCUGGUCAAAAGAGCACCGGCCUAGUCAUUUUCAGACCUGAAUUAAUAGUUGGUUAAGUAGAUUGGAAUAACUAGUUCCUCCUUUAUUGUCCCCAUCUGCUGGUUGAUCAUGCUUUUACUGUAGUUUAUCAGUCAUCAUUUUUGAGGCAAGUGUGAGUUGUAUAUGUAGAAUCCAUUGAAUUACAGUUUCAAAUGAGGACUCUGGCAGAAAAAUAAGGUAAGCUACAAAGAAGUACCACAGAAACAUCUGCUGCUGCUGACCAGCAGCACUCCAGGUGAGUGCAAUUGAAAUGUUUUCUAUUAUUUCACUAUAGAAGUAAAUUUUCUGUAUACAUGUAGAUUAAAAAUAAAAUGCUACCUCGGAGAAAGGUGCUGUAAUUUCUUCCUUCAUUCUUUCCAUUGUGAAAGUUAAAUGUGAUAUUAUAUGCCCAGUACCUGACACAUAACUUAUAGUUGGUACAUAUUAUUCAGUCAACAAAUAUUUAUGUACCAAGCACCAAAAAGAGAACAGAAGCUACCCCGAAUCAGGUGGAUCUCAAGCAGUGAGGGCUGCUUACAAUCAACUUCCUGUGCUCCUCUAACCUAUCAGGGAUGUUAGGUAGGUAUAGAUUUCGUGAAAGAACACCAGGUAAAAAGAGUUCCUAUGACUCUGCCUUAACUGUUGUUUAACAGUGCCCUUAAUAUUUCUUGAUACCCCCAUGUUAUUAGCCAAGACUGCCCAAAGAUAAAAAUAUGAUUUGAAAACAAAUCUAUGGCUUUCCUCCAUUAAAUCCCUUAGUUAAUAAGAAGAAAGAGCACUUUAUAAGAUACGGCUCCUGAUCUCAAGGAACUCUUGGCUGUUUCUACAGGCUGACCAGAAAAUUUACCAGCACAGUAGAGUGCUUCAGGGCUGGCACUUCAGCUGCCACUGGGAAAAACAAGGAAAGGGCUUCCGGGAGUGCUGGUGAAACUUGAACUGAGCCAUGAAAAGUAAAACCUAUCCAGGCAAAGAGGGGGCAGGGUGAUGAGAGCCAGGCUGACGGAAGCCAGGAGAGUAUUUCCGUGUGACUGCAGCCUAGAGUAUCCUUUGACCUGGAUAGAGGGGCACAAGAGCUUCCGUGUUUGUAAAAGAUGUUAAAAAAGAGUAAGAUGAUCACACUUGGGCUUUUGUAGCGUCAUUCUGGCAGCAAUAUGGAGGGUGGAUUAGAAGGGAACAGGACCAGGGUCAGUCACAGUAGACCAGGCAGAGACUGAAGAGGGGCUGGACUAGGACAGUGGGAUGGAGAGUUGCAGACCUGUAUUACUGAGAGAGAUUUGUGGAUAGAAUUGGAGAGCUUAGUAAGGAUAUGGAGCUUGGAGGGAGGUAAAGUCCAAGCUUUUCUUAUUUCUGGCUUGGAAAAUUGGGAAGAAAGAGUGCCAUUCACGGAGACUGAGAACUGAGGAGUAGGGACAGAUUGAGGAGACUGCCUGGGGGCUUGUUGAUCCAGGAGAUGUUCAGCAGGCAGAUACACAUCUGGGUUUGGAGCUCAGGGAAGAUGCUGAGUAUCAGCAGCUUAUAAAUGUAGUUAAAACUGUGGAUUUGAAUGAGAGGCAACAUUCGUAUUGUGAAAAGAGAACUGAAGAGAAUUCAGGGAAACAUCAGUAGGUAAGGGGAGGUUGAAAAAGGGAAGCCUGAGAAGGAGGAAGGGUAAGAACACUUUCUAAGAAACAGAGGGGCCCCCAAAACCAAGGAAGAAGGAGCAGUGGAGGGCUGCAGAGAGGAUCUGGGGCAGGGCCCACGUUGACAUCAAAGAGUGAACUCCAGGAAGUCCACUUUUCAGAGACAUAGAAUCAGAACUAGAUUUUGAGAAAUAAAUAUCAAAGAGCUCUAUUGGCAUAUUUCUUAAUUUAGAAAGGGAGAUGUAUGUUCCAGAGACUUUGCUGCUCUGCGGGGAAAAACUCUAAAUUUUUAUUUGCUGUUAUUAUAUACGAUGGUUACAUAAGAAUAGGGUAUUGCUGAAGUGAGCUUAUCAACAAAAAAGAGGAGUAUGCAAUGCUUUAAAUAUCAGUGGGUGGCGCGGGGUGGUGAGGAAACAACUCUGAGGGCAGCCAUUAUGGUCUGUAAAUUAUUUGGGCAGAGUUGGUUCAGAGCAUGGGCUCUGUAGUCCAGUAGGGCUGAGUUCCAAACCCAGCCCUUCACUGAUUAGCUGAGUGGACACCUGGAAAGUUGUUUUUUUUUUUAACCUUUCUGAGUCUUAUAUCCCUCUUUUAGUAAAGGGGGGAGGGUCUUUUGAUAUUUACAUUAGUUAACACAUAGAACAUGUUAGGGGUACUCAGCAAAUGCUAACCUGCAUCACUCUAAUUAUCCUCUCUGAUCAUACCAAGUCAGGUACAGUGCUCCCCUCAUGAAUCUCCAAGUCACUGGCUGAUGUGCAUGAGUUUAACUUAGUUUCAUGUGCCUGUAAACCGUACUUUUUUUAAAUACAGCGUAGCAACCCCCCAAAAAUUAGCUUAUGGAGGUAGAUCCAUGGAAAUGAAGUGGAUAAUGAUAACCCUUAAAUAUGGGGUAGAGUGAAACUCUCAUUACACACCAUACAUGGGUCAAAUACUGCCCCUCAACAUUUGAACCACGACGAAAGCCUGAUGGUACUCACAUGGUUAGCCUAAAUUUAGAUAUUAGUGCUGUCACCGGACCACAGAUUUCCCUCUGUAUCCUAAUGUUUUUAUCACAUAGUUAAAAAAUAAUUCACACAUAAAGUGUAAUCAUGGAUCAUGCAUUUGUUUAAGAUAGAGAGGAAGAUAAAUCAUCUAAGGAAAAAGACGGGGAAAAUAAUAGAGUAAAACUGAAAACAAGAAUAAAACUGUGAACCAGCAAGAUGUUCUGUACCCUGAGCACUACAUUCAUUUCUGCAGGCCACUUAUCAGAGUCAAACUGUAAUAUAUUUGGUGAUAAAAAUACAGGAUUAGGAAUGAAGUAAGGGACUGGCACACAGAAAGAAGGGAAAGUUUAGAGAUUAUAAAGUAGUGUCAUUAGAAGUGAAGAAUUGGAAGUCACAACUGGCAGCCCAUGGGUGCAGUCUGGCCUGCAGACUUACUUUGUUUGGUGUACAUAGUGAUUUUUUAAACAUUUGAAUCAGAUGCCAACAUUGAAAUACCAGGAGAUUUUACAUUGAAAAAAUAUUUUUCCGGACUUCUCUUGGAAAACCUGAGGGUCUAGGAAUAUCUUGCCCUGUGGCAAUACUGGCCUGUAGCCCAGCUGAGGCCACCCCCCACUUCCCUGCCAUCCAGGGGCUGCUCCUGAUAGGCGUCCGCCUUCUUCCCUGGCUUGCUCUAGCUACCGGGCACCUGGCAGAGAAUAAAGGGAUGUGUAUGAGAAGGUAGAGCAAAGAAGUGUACGUUUUAAGUGAACUAUUUUCUAUUGAUAAGAUCUGGGACAUGGCAAAAAGCAUCCAAGCUUCUUGUUUUUUGACAGUCCUCAGUGCAUACUUGGGAUUCUAUCUUUUUAUAGAAUGGCCUUUAUAAAAUCACUUAUAUUUAUAUACAAGUACUUAUUGUUUGCUCAUAUUAUUUUCUCUGUAAACAAUCUUUUUCAUCUUGAUACAAACCCUCCUAGGUAGGUGUUGCUAAUGUCAUUUUUCCAUUUUACAGAUAGACUGAAAUACAUUAAGUAGGUACCUUGCUCAGGCCAAGAGUAGCAGAGCAAGGCUUUGGAAAACAGUGUUUAGGUCUUUGUAUUUAGUGCCCUUCCCACUCUCCACUCCUGCCUCAGUGAUGUCUAGUGUAGUUAAAACUUGAACUUACAUGUUAGCUCUUCUUGUCCUAAAAAAACAUAUCUUGAAAUUGAGAUUUUAAAAUAUACACUUUCCACCCGAUGACUCAGAUAUGAAGUUUUAUGCUCUAUUUAACUUGUUUGGAAAACAUUUUCUACCCAAUGUGACAUUGAGGCAUGUCAUGAAUCCAGAAUUGUAGCACAAAAUUUUACACUUUAUAGUCUUUAACUUGAAAAAAAAUUCUUUUGACGUUAAUACAUAGACAAGUAUAUAUCUCAUACAUGUAUAGCUCAAUGUAUUUUCCACAAACUGAACACACCCAUAUAGUCAACAUCCAGAUCAAGGAAAAGCACAGUUCAGCUCCCUAGAAGCUCCCCUUCAAUCCCCUGCCAGCCAUUUCCCAUCCGCCACCCCCUCCAGGGUGACCACUAGGCAGACUUCUGAUAGCAGUCUCUAGUUUUUAAAGCAUACAAUGUAAUUGUUUCUUAAGCAAACUGAAACCUCAUGGGAACAUUUGGUUUCUUGGUAUUUCCCAUAAGAAAUGUAAAAAGUGUUGCCCUGGGCCAGACCAAAGACUGCAGCUCCUCAUGCUGUGUCUGACCAAUGAAAUAAGGGUCCUUUGGUGGAAGCCAGGCCCAUUCACUUCUUCGCUGGGGUCCUAACACCAGAUGCACUUCCACUGACCACUCCAGAUUACCUCUUUACAUUAUAUGUGGUUCUGGUGACAAGAAUGUAUUUAAACUUUAUCCUUUCUUUUUAUAAAAUGACAGUAUUCUGCCAGUCUCUCCUAAAUUAUUUCAGUUUGAAGGUAAGUGCUGUAUGUGACUUAAAAUAGUUGUCCAGAUAUAUGUAGAUUAAUUUUAAAUGUGCUUAAUUAAGUGCAAAGUGUCAUGAUUGAUGAUGUGAUUUCUACUGCAGAUGCCAUUUUCUAAGAGCUUUCUCAAACUUUAGAAAGUGAUAUAGUUUAUUGUUGAUACAGAUUUACAUGAAGUUAAUGAGUAAAAUUGUAGUUCAUUAUAAAAGAGAUGUUUUGCUUAUUUCUAAAAUAAGCUAUAACUCCAUGUUUCUUCUUAUAAUAGCAUGAUAUCCUAUGGUUACAUUAAUACCUUAGUAAACUAGCACAACUGGAAUUGACCCAGGUCCUAGAUUUGCCAAACUGUCCAAGUAAUGAGGACUUUGAUAGAAUACAGCUCACUGACCCUCCCUCUGGGAGAUAAGUGGGCAGAGUCUGAAAUUCUCUGUCUCGGGAGCUCUGUUCUUUCUAGUUGGCCUUCAUAUAUGUACAUUUAUGAAUACAUCUGUUUAUCAGGCCUAAGUCUUAAAUCUAGUAAUCUUGCUUCCCAUUCCCUUCCAAAGUAAAAUGAUCUCUGAUCAUUUUAGCUACCCAUAACGUGCAUUUGGCUAGCCAUGAUAUGUCACUUAGAGGGGAAAUCAUGCAGAAGAAAAAGAAAGCUUUAGAAGUUCUUGGUAAAUGGUAGCUACCUUGUUGUUAACCCUACCCAACCUAAACACGUAGCACAUCCUUUAAUGUAACUCUCUACCCUGGUACCCUGUUCCCUUCUCCCACAUUCCCCUCCUGAGUGCACUGCCUCAUGACCUUGAUUACUAAGUUAAGCCCUCCCAGAGUAACUUCUGAAAC